CGCUCACACACCAUUCUCAUCGCGCUCAAACGACGAUGAACUCGAUACUCGCAUCGUGGAGGGCACUGGCGACAGUGAGAAAUACAGCAACUUUUGUUCCACGCACCUUCUUGGACCCAACAAGGUCUUAUGCGACACGACCGCCCGCAGCGAGGAUCACUCUCGGGAAUCUUGCACCAGCCCCGGGAUCAACAAAACAAAGAAAACGUCUUGGUAGGGGUCAAGGAUCGGGAAGAGGAGGGACGUCGACGAAGGGUCACAAGGGUCAGAACGCUCGUUCGGGUGGUCCCCGACCAGGAUUCGAGGGUGGUCAGACACCAUUGACAAGACGAUUCCCCAAGCGUGGAUUCCACAAUCCUGGUUCUCGUGAAUAUGCACCCUUAAAUUUAGAACGGUUACAGUUCUGGAUCGACCAAGGACGUGUAGAAGUGCACGAAGAUCGCGCCAUCACGGCCACAGAGCUCGUGAAGAGCAGAGUGGUACAUCAAAUGCACGAUGGCGUGAAAUUACUAGGAGAUGGUGCCGAAUACUUCCACACCGCCAUCAACAUCAUCGUCUCCCGCGCAUCGCAAAGUGCUAUUAAAGCUAUUGAGGGUGCUGGAGGAACUGUGGUGUGCAGGCAUUACAAUACCCUAGGUUUGCUUGAUUUGAAGAAAGGCGAUAUGAAACACAAGUUGGCUGCUCCCAUGCGAGAGAAGGAUAUCCUUUACUAUUCCAACUGGAGAAGAAACCGAGGAUAUCUGGCCAUUCCACCCGAGAUCCGCGCGAGAACAGCUUUCUCCGGCUCGCAUCUCGACGUCCCCGAGCAUCUGCGUGUUGCUCCAAAAGAGCAAAAGCCGCAACCUGUUGAUCCAGAAGCUGUCAUGGAUGCUGCUCAGGCGGCACCGCCGCCUCCAGCGAAGGAACUGGAAUCCCAACCUGCUCCAUACAGCUAGAAACGAUGUAUCAUCUUC